UAAAGUAAAUUCGCGAAAAUGUGCAGACAGCAGUGGAUCUCGUUGCUUUCAGCUUUGUUGCUAAUUUACUGUGGUGUCGGUGCCAGUACAGCACGCAUUGCGGGAAACGAUGACCUGCGUAUGAAAUAUUUACCGUCGAACUGCAAUGAAGCAGUUCAUUUGGCGGGGAGCAAAGCUAAAAGUGGAAUAUAUAAAAUUGGAUUGCCAAUGCCACAAGGUACUGUUAAAGAGUUCUAUGUUUAUUGUUUGCUGGAUCCAUUGGGUAGAGAGGCCUGGACGAUAAUACAACGACGGCAGGACAAAUCUAUACAUUUUUAUCGUGGCUGGGAAGAGUACAAGAACGGCUUUGGCAACUUAAAUACGAAUUUCUUUAUUGGUCUCGAUAAAUUACAUGCCCUAACGGAAUCACAGUUGCACGAAUUAUGGAUCGAGUUGAAGGACUUCGAUGGUGUGGAGAAGCAUGCCAUGUACGACAGUUUUGCCAUUACAGACGAGAGCCAAAAAUAUGCAAUGAAUAUUUUAGGCACAUAUUCGGGCACAGCAGGUGACGACUUAACUGAGCCACACGGUGGAGCCAAGUUCAGCACAUUCGAUCAGAAAGGUGGUAGUGAUUGCGCAGACUUAUUUAAAGGAGGUUGGUGGUAUGGAAAGGGUACUUGCGUGGAAAGCCACUUAAAUGGAGUCUACCAUAAUGGCUCCUAUAAUACUACUAAAGCUGAAGGUAUAAUUUGGUCGAAAUGGCAUGGAUCCGGAUAUUCUAUGAAAUAUGUGCAUAUGGCAAUUAGACCGAAAGAUCUGCGCAUCGGUAAUAAAUCAGUGAACUAAAAUUGGAAUAAUAAGUAACAAUGACGAGGUCACAAAGCCCUUAUAGGAAGACUGUAGAUUCAAGCACAAUUCUUACCAAACUACAUAAAUAUUUAGUUAAGUAAACACUAUAACAGAAUAUAAACGAAUAGUAAGAAAACUACUCUGCGGUAUGUCAAAUAAAGUGAAAUGAUUCGGAUUAAAUAAAUUGUAGUUUUUCGUUGUUCGUGAACCAACGAAUAUUGGUGGUGCAUUCUGAACGAUGAACUUCAACUUCAAUUCAAACAAGUAAACAACAAA